CCUGGUCUUGGCCACAUGGGGGUUACUUGCUUUUCCUUGGAGAGGGCCCUUCCUCACCCCUGUUAUUUCCAUCAUUACCCAUUCCAAAGACCCUGGGCUACGGUGAGAAAAGCUGUUACCCUUGCAAUGCCAGAAGGCACUUAUACAUGAGUACUACCAAGAAGAUAAUGUCUUUUCCUAGGAAAAGCCAUCCUGCAAGCAGUCUCAUUCACUAUUGUGCUCCAGCUGAUUCAAAGGAGGAGGCAGGGACAUCACAGCUGGAAGCAGCUCUUUGAUAAAGGAAAACUAGAGUAGCUGAUACGGCAUUCCUCCCAUCAAUACAGCACUAAGUACAGCCUUGCAGAGGGGGCAGGAGGAGGGCUAUAACUCUCUUUGUUGUUCCACCUUCCACCACCUCCCAAACCCUCUCUAAACCUUUUCAGGUAGUUUGUUCUUUAAAUGAGAGGGAGAGCAGGAGAAUAGAGGAGUGCUACGUUAUUGCUGGAAGCACUGGGAAAACAUGACAGCUGUAUCACAUGGGGGAGAGUGGCACAGUGGUUAACAUCAUUUGAGCCCUAUGCAGCUGCUCAGUUCAUUUGUUCUCUCUUAUCCAUUACCAAUGCAGAAAAAAAUGUCUCAAAGCAAAACACUCAUUAUAAUUCUGCCUCUCUUGGCUACUAUCUCACCCCUGAGAUUAGAAGAACUAGGAAGUCCUGGAACAAAAAUGAGCAAGCAGCACUGAUGUUUAAGUUGCAGAUUUGUUAGCUCAUCGAUGUAUUAAGUAAGAUUACAGUCUUCUAUUGAAAAUAUGAGAGUGCUGAGUUGAAGAACAGAGAAACUCCUCACAGCCAGUUACACUUGACAUUUACUCGUCAUAAGAAGAACACCACAGAAAAUCAGACACCACUGGGCGGUGAGUAAAGACAAAAAAAAUCCCUUCAACUACACAAAAAUCUUUUGCAAUCGUCCCUACUAUUAUGCAGGCAUGACAGAGAACAGAGAGCCAUCUAGAGUUGGCAUAUUCAUCUUGCAGCUGCCUUCAUCCUGUAAACAGGAACCACUAAGCGAAGAAGCAAGCUUUAAACUCCAUUUUUCUCAGAGCUAAAUGUUCACUCUGGACAAGAAGUUUGCUCCACCUACCUUGGGUCCUUUUCUAAAGAAUAACGUGUCCAGACAACUUCAGUAAAAAUGCUUUUCUACGUAGUACUCUUCCUUGGCAUUGUCUCUCUGUGGUGGCAUUGGAGGGCAAGAGACAGGAUGAAGGUUACAAAUCUCACUGGCAAAUAUAUAUUCAUCACUGGAUGUGACACAGGAUUUGGCAAUAUGGCAGCAAAGACUUUUGAUAAAAAGGGAUUCCGUGUUUUUGCCAGCUGCCUGACUGAAACAGGUGCCAAGGAGCUAAAAACUGUAACCUCUAACCAGCUUCAGACAGUGCUGCUGGACGUGAGAGAUUCAGACACUGUUAAGAAAGUGGCUGCAUGGAUCAAAGCUGAAGUUCAGUCAGAAGGUCUCUGGGGACUUAUUAAUAAUGCUGGAAUUAUGGGGCCAUCCGCUCCUACAGACUGGUUGGAUAUUGAGCACUUUAGAGAACCAAUUGAAGUUAAUUUAAUCGGACUCAUAAAUGUUACAAUAAAUAUGCUUCCCUUGAUAAAACAAGCAAAGGGAAGGAUAGUAAACGUAUCCAGUGUUGGAGGUCGCCUAGCCUUCAGUAGUGGAGGCUAUUGCCCUUCAAAGUUUGGGGUAGAAGGAUUUAAUGACAGCUUAAGGAGAGAUAUGAAAGCUUUUGGAGUUAAUGUUUCUUGCAUUCAACCUGGACUGUUCAAUACACCAUUAUCCAGUCCAGUAAAGAUUCUGAAAGAGAAGGAGAUUAUUUGGAAUCAGCUUCCUCCCAGCACUAAAAGGCAAUAUGGAGAGGAGUAUUUUCAGAAAGAUGCAGCAAAGAAAGAAAAACUGACCAAGAUCUGUCUUAACAAGGACAUUUCCCUGGUUGUUGAGUGCAUGGAGCAUGCCCUAACAAGCCUCUAUCCACGCGCCCAUUACAUCAUUGGGCAGGAUGCGAAGUGGUUUUGGACUCCCCUAUCAAGAAUGCCAGCAGCUGUACAAGACUUCUUACUCCUGAGAAGCAGAGCAAAGCCUGCAGCUUCCCACGCAAACUAAAUCUUUGCCAAUAUAUUCUUCAUCGCAGACAAGGCCAAUUCCGUAUGAUUCGUCCUUUAUAUCAACAUAAUACAAACCACACCUGAAACACACCCUCAUGCCCUAUAAAUGUAAAAAUACAUCUAUUUCUCCAGUAUCUGCUACUAUUAAAAAAUAAAAAAAAACUACUUCUUU